AUGGAGAAGUCCAAUUCUUCAGUGGUGUCUGAGUUUGUGUUGCUGGGACUCUUUACCUCUCAGGAACCCCAAUUUUUCUUUUUUCUUUUCUUCUCCAUGUUGUAUGUGGUCAUUGUGUUAGGGAACCUUCUCAUUAUCAUCACAGUGAUUUCUGAUGCCAGUCUGUAUUCUCCCAUGUAUUUCUUCCUAGGAAACCUUUCAUUUAUUGAUAUCUGUCAGGUUUCUUUUGCUACACCUAAAAUGAUUGCAGAUUUUCUGAGUAAACACAAGACCAUAUCAUUCAGUGGCUGCAUAGCCCAAAUUUUCUUCAUUCACCUUUUUACAGGAGGAGAGAUGGUGCUACUGGUCUCCAUGGCCUAUGACAGGUAUGUGGCCAUAUGUAAACCCCUACAUUAUCUGAUCAUCAUGAACCAAAGGACAUGCAAUAUCUUGGUAAUAAUCUCCUGGGCUGUGGGUUUGGUGCACACAUUAAGCCAGUUAUCAUUUACUGUGAACCUGCCUUUUUGUGGACCCAAUGUAGUAGACAGCUUUUUUUGUGACCUUCCUCGAGUGACCAAACUAGCUUGUCUGGACUCUUCUGUCAUUCAAAUCCUAAUUGUGGUUAAUAGUGGCAUUCUUUCCCUAAGCACUUUCUUGGUCUUGGUCAGCUCUUACAUCACUGUUCUUGUCGCAGUCUGGUUCAAGUCUUCAUCUGCAAUGGCCAAAGCAUUUUCUACGCUGGCUGCCCAUAUCACAGUAGUAAUAUUAUUCUUCGGACCAUGCAUCUUCAUCUAUGUGUGGCCCUUUACUACCCAUCCUGUGGAUAAAGUUCUUGCUAUCUUCUACACCAUUUUCACUCCCACCCUAAAUCCCAUUGUUUACACCCUAAGGAACACAGAUAUGAAGGCUGCCAUGUGGAAAAUUGCCACCCAUUAUCUGAACCCUCCAAAUUCCUGA